GUGUUGCUAGUGAGCGUCGCUGUCUCCCCCAGUGGCCGCCAGAGGGCAGUAGGUGGCGGCGCUCGAUGGUGCUGCUGAAGUUUUCAAGAUGUCGCUGGAGCAGAGACUCUCCCGAAUCGAGGAGAAACUCAAGCAGGAAAAUAAAGAAGCCCGCAAACGGAUCGACCUGACCAUCGACAUGAGCCCGCAGCGCUCGCGUCCGAGGCCAAUCAUCGUGAUCCAGCUAAGUCCAGCUCCAGCCCCCUCCCAGCGCGCAGCUCUGCAGUUACCGCUGGUGAACGACGGAGGAAGUCGCUCGUCGUCCACGGAAAGCUCGCCCCAACACCCCUCUUACCCAAACAAACCCCGGCAAAUGCUCACGCUUCCCACCCCGCCCUACUGCCUGCCGAAGAGCCUCGAAAAUGCUGAGAUCGACCAGAAGCUGCAGGAAAUAAUGAAGCAGACCGGUUACCUGAAGAUUGACGGACAGCGUUACCCAGCUGAAGUGGCAGAUCUGAUCAGUGAGGGCGAGAUCGGCAGUGGAACAUGUGGACAGGUGUUUAAAGUUCGCUUUAAGAAGACGGCUCAUGUCAUCGCUGUCAAGCAAAUGAGAAGGACGGGUAAUAAAGACGAGAAUAAGAGGAUCCUCAUGGAUCUGGACGUUGUGUUGAAGAGUCAUGACUGUCCAUACAUCAUUCAGUGCUACGGAGCUAUAGUCACCAAUACGGAUGUGUUCAUUGCCAUGGAACUAAUGGGGACGUGUGCAGAGAAGCUGAAGAAGAGGAUCCAGGGGCCCAUACCAGAGGCCAUUCUGGGAAACAUGACCGUAGCUAUCGUGAAAGCUCUGCUGUACCUGAAAGAGAAACACGGUGUGAUUCACCGAGACGUUAAGCCAUCUAAUAUCUUGUUGGAUGACAAAGGGCAAAUCAAGCUGUGUGAUUUCGGCAUUAGCGGACGUUUGGUGGAUUCUAAAGCAAAGACUCGCAGUGCUGGAUGUGCCGCAUACAUGGCGCCUGAGAGAAUAGACCCUCCAGACCCUAGUAAACCAGACUAUGACAUCAGAGCUGACGUCUGGAGUCUCGGCAUUUCGCUGGUGGAGCUAGCCACAGGACAGUUUCCUUAUAAGAACUGCAAGACAGACUUCGAAGUCCUGACCAAAGUCCUUCAAGAGGACCCACCAGUCCUUCCUCUUGGCAUGGGCUUUUCUCUAGACUUCCAGUCCUUUGUGAAAGACUGCCUCACAAAGGAUCACAGAAAAAGGCCAAAAUACCACAAACUGCUAGAACACAAUUUUAUUCGACGUUACGAGGUGUCAGAUGUGGACGUGGCGGGCUGGUUCCAGGCAGUGAUGGACCGCACAGAGUCUCCGCGCACCAGUCAGUGCUUCAGUCACCACCAGCUUCACUCUCUCUUCAGCAGGUAGCCAGACAGAGAGAGAGAACCGUGUGAUAUGGAGAGUUUGGUUUGGAGAGGACGGACGGACAGGUUUUAAAUGUAAAUUAUGGAAUGGAAGGAGCAGUGGAAACACAGAUUGUAAAAGACGAAAUGGCUGUAAAGAGAGAAUGUUCGUUUGGGAGUUUGACCGAUCGACAGACAAUCCUGAGCAGGUUCAAUGUCAAUUUGAAUUACUUUUGUCGUCCUCAUCCACCUGAAACAGGAUGAAACGUUACAGGUCGCAGUUACACACUCUCACUGUGACAUGCACACACACACAUGAACGUUUACCAUUAUACACUGUUUAAUUGCUGAUAAGUAUUCCUCACCGCACACAGUACGAUUUAUAUACGUCUGCGCCGAGGAUCUGCUUAAGCUAAAUCCGUUCUCCUCACGUUCAAUAUCAACACGUUCUCCAUAGCCCCUUACUCAGGGACUGAACAGAGUAGUCAUACAACACUGUGCAAUGGUGUGAGUGUGUGUGUGUAGGUGUGUUAGGUUUAUCGGUUCUAUCGUUCUGCAAAAUGAUGCAAAUAGAGAAAGAAUUUAAGAUGUAUGGCUCAGUUAUAUGUUUUGUAGAAGUGUUAUUUUCUGUGCUAUCGAGCGUCACCCAAUAUUUCAGUAAUAGUGACUAGGAUCUUAAUAAGUAGAGAUUUUAGAGGUCAAACUUUUAAUAACUGAUGUUUCGAUUGUUAUAAUAGAUUUGGUAUAGAAUAAUGAUGAUGAAAACUGCAUAUGAAAAUAAAACUAGUGGUUGACCGAUAUGUAUUUUCACCUUAUGCAAAUUGACUCCGUAAAUAUCGGCAUGCUAUUUGGCAAGAUAUUGGUCUGUCACUAGAAAAAAAAAUUAGUCGAGAUGUUCACGAUGCACACCUUAGGUGGUUGGGUGUUAGAAGUAAAGAGUUUUAUCUGUGAGUAUCGGAAGAAAAGCUGAAAGAUGUCAUAGUCGCAUUUAUUUAUCUAUUGAAAGAGACAAGCGUAGCAGCUUUCCGUGAAGAGAAGGAGAGAGAGUCGUUCUUGGGUGUUUCCUCAUUGAUAAACUGCUUGUUUUGAGAACUAUCUGAUCUACUCGACAUUUCAUUCUGUUUCCAUAUGCAUUUGAGUUCCCGUAAACCAAAGUUUAUUUUUUAACACUUUGUUUUGGACACUGCACUGCUCUCUUCUCAGUGUAUCUCAGCACUUGCUCGUGGGUCACACUGAAGGUUUUUCGGCAACUUUCACAACCAAAGCUCUAGAGCUUGAGAAUCACUGCUUUAAGAAGCCAAAUCACUGAUUGUGUGAGAAGACCGAAUCGAGAGAGAGAGAGUGGGACAGAGAGAAUCUGAGGGUAAUGGUAUGUUUUUCAGGAGGGAAGUUUUGUGUUGUGUAAAAUGGUUGUGGGUAAGGAUGUUUUGUGGAAAGGCUAGGUGGAUCACAGAAAGUAUGAGAGAAAGACGUCAGUUAAGUCCUCUAAAUGAAAAGUAUCGACUUGUUUUUGGUGCGGGUGAUGUAAGGUAUAGGUUAUCAUCAGUUGCUGUUUGCGAGCUAGCUGGAUGUUGCGUAAAAGCUUUCAAUGGUAUCGAACCAAUGUAUGGUGUGUUUUUAUUUAGGGAUUAAUUAGUUAGUUGUUUUUGUUAUCUUCUGCGUAUUAUCUGCUAUUAUUUUUAUGAUUAUUUAUUUAUGAUCUUAUUGCUGCUACUAUUUACUUUAGGUGCUGCUGUCAGUUUUAUAUUCCCCAAAGGACUUGUUUUUCCUAAACCAAAUGCAUAAACACUGCAACGUGUACACGUUACCAAAUACAUGAACAGUUACAUGUCAAGCGCUCGAUACGAUGGGGAAAUGAAAGCGAGGAAGUUUUCUUAAGAUUUAUUUCUAUCUGUAGUUCACAAUGUCAAGUCACGGGCUGCACCGCUCACAACUAAUACGACAACUGCAGGUCAUUUUUAUUAAAUACACAUCGACUGGAAAUAUUUAUAUAUAUAUUUGGGCUAGAGUUCAGUCUUUAUUGCACCAUUUAACUGUAGCUCAUGCAUGCUCACAUAUGGUUGUAAUUGUCCUCCUGUGUUUGUCCUGCGGUGGAUGAAUUUGGGUUUUUAAGAUCAGGAAGUAAAAGGAUGAACAUGCGGAUUUGUAAAAAAAAGGUAUUUACCAUAUUACUACACCGCUCGUGUUAAAGAGACGGUUCACCUAAAAACACAACAUCUUUCAUCAUUUACUCACCCUCAUAUCAAAACCUGUAUGACAUCAAUUGUAUGGACACAAAAUCACUUAGACAUUUAUCCAAAUACUCAACAAAAAUAUUCCCGUUUUACGACAUGAGGUAGAAUGAAUGAUGUUGUUUUCUCAGAUGCUUAAACAUAGACACGCAAUACGGGUAGAUGUAACAACAUGGCUUGCCAUCAAUGUGACUCCGAUCUCUUGUUAACUUGUUGAAACUCACCACCGAUAUCGUGAUACCUGCCUGUCUGUCUGUCCGUCCGUCAUUCUCUCUGUAGAUCUCGCUGCAGCAUCAAAGGUGUCAUCAAUAAAACAUUGUAACCAGUGACGUUGUUUGUAAAUGCUGGAUUGUAGUGCUGAGGAUGCAGGGAAUAUAAUGUAUGUACAGGCCUGUGAUGGGUGAGACCUCACACCCUUCUGAUCAAAACUCAAAAUGACAUCUAAUGCUUUAUCUUCACUCUUAUCAUUGUGUUAAGCCAACACACACACAUAAACACAUACCUCCCUUUGGUUUUAAUGGACAUUUUCUGGCACUUUUUUGCUUUCAACCCUUAUUUUAACUUGAAGCAUCACUCUUAUGUGUUUUUAUAACUAGAGGUUUUUAUCACAUGUAUCCUAAACUCUGUCUCACAGCACCAAACGAACAUGUACAGAGAUGUAAAGCAAGGCUGUAGUUGCCAUAGAAUUAUUAUAUGUGUGUGUGUGUGUGUGUGUUGCGCAUCACUGCUUUUUUUCUAGUGUGCUCUUCCAUCAUGUCAUAUGAUGGUAAAUCCAGUCUUUAAAUAUUAAAAUUGUAGUUGUUUUCGAAUUCUCGUAAGGACGCCCCACCUGUAAGGAAACCAAAUACUCACUAUGCAGUCACUCAGAACAAAACCGGUCGCCUUUCCCUUGAACUUCCUGUAAAUACACGCAACUACUGGAGAGACGGAGAGAAGCCCGAGCGUCUCUUUGGUCUCUGUGAUGUGUGAGGGAAUUUCUGAUCGAUAGUGUUUUCUUUGUUGUUUUCUAAAAUGAGCUGACAUAUUUAAGGAUUGUACUGGGAUGGGGUUGGUAGUUUGGGGAAUAGUUUGUCCAGUGCUGUAAGUAUAUCAAUUGCAUGUUAUGGUCUUAACUGCCAUUGAUCUUUACACUUCGUUUGGGGGGAGGGAGACGUGUAAACGUUUAUCUUUAUUUAUGAUUUUUACAUGUAUAAAAAAAAUAUAUUUUCUGUACGUUUUUUUUUCUUCCAAAAUAUGGUUUUUAGAAAAAGACACACUUUUGCCUUUUUAGGUCUCCUUGUUUUGAUCUGCUUAUGCAUUAUAGAAAUUCUACUUGUUUGAUUUUUGUUGUAUGUUUAUUCGUUUGUCAGCUUUUGAUAUUUUCUGUAUUUGUGUUUGAUCUUACAAAAGAGUGGUUUUAGCCAGCAAGAUAUUACGUCGUCACCUGUUAGGAAACCAAAAGCUUAUUGUUUUGUCUUCUUAAUGUUAUAACUCUUCAGGGUUAAGAUUACACCAAAUUAAAAAGAGACGAGUGGGACAAAUCGCGAGACGGUUGACGUUUGCUACAAAGGUGUGUCUUUUUCUGUCGAAGCCAAGCAAUCGCUUUAUUGCUUUGAUGUUUAUUUUUUCAGAAUUUUACAUUUAUUUUUGUUUGUGUAGUAAGUUUUGCCCUUUUUCGCCCAGAGCUGUUUUGCUGUAUGGUUAGAAUGUGUCUUUGUGGAAAUCUCACUAUUUGUAGCUGCUGCUGUACUGGAGGUUUUAUUUUAGUAUUUUUUUUAUUUGACGUGAUGAUGAAUUUAGAACCAUGUAAUUCACAAAAUCUGUUUGAUUGGUUUAGAAAUGUUUAGAUCUGCUAUUUCUGUACUCUGUUGUUGUUGUUGGCCUCUUUACUCAGCUCGAAAAUAUAUUGUAAUGUUGAAUAGAAAUGCUUUCGUGCCAACAACAGACAAUACGAAUAUACGGACGUUAUAGAAUACAGAUAUUAUGAUGCAACGUUUUCACUCUUUUCUGGAAGAAAUUUGAUUUUAACAAAGAUAUUUGAUGUGGUAUGUAAAAAAAUAAGACCUAACCUCAAGCAGCCAAUCACGUACAACGUGUCUUUGGUGAAUAUUGAUCUUUUUUUAUUUAUUUAUUUUUAUUUACCUUUCUGUUUUGGGUUCUUGGCCUGGAACAAAAGUAUCCCAAACUGUUGUAUUGAGAGACAGCCAUCACAGUUUUAUCAUCACAGUUUUACCCCCUUAUUUUUUUCUCUAUUUUAAGUAAAAUAAAUGCCAUUAUAUUGUGAAUACCUCAGGAUUUUUUUGGGAAAAAUUCAAAACAUAAAAACCUAAAACAAAUAAAAUGCAAAAAAAUG